ACAUUGACGAGAGGGAGAGAGAAGAAGAGAGAAAGAGAGAGAGAGAGAGAGAGAGAGAGAGUGGGUUCGUAAAGUGGAUUCAGUAACAAAACAAGGUUGACAAAGUGAGCGCAAAGGCAAAACCAAAAUGCGAAAGAAAACAUUGAUAAUAAUAAUAACAACAAGAAUGCCUACUCGAUUUCUCAUUUCCGAAUCCCAAUAAACUCUGCUACCUUUUGAUUCCCCUUUUUUUCCCUCCUUCGAUUCUCCAUGGGAUUGUCGCGCAACGCCGCGUCGCAGCCGGAGAUCGACGACGCCGCCGGCGACAUCGGAUUCCACGCGAUCCGAGGCGGAUUCCCCUUCAAGCGGAACCCUAGCCACCAGCAGCACCCGCCGCAGCACCGCCACCGCGCCUCCUUCGAUCGCCAAUUGCCGCGCUCCUCCAACAGCCGAUCUCACCUCCACACGCGCCUCACUCGCAAGGGCCUCCUCCUCUGGCUCUUCCCCUUCUCCAAGUCCAAGUCUGGAUUCUACGCUCUCAUCUUCGCCGUCGUCUUCCUCUUCGCCCUCGCCUCCAUCGUCAUGCAGAGCUCCAUCACCUCCGUCUUCCGCCAGCGCGCCGAGCGCGGCCGCUACCUCCGCCAGGGCCUUCGCUUCGGCACCGCGCUCCGCUUCGUCCCCGGGAGGCUCUCCAAGAGGCUCCUCUCCGGCGAUGGACUCGAUCGGCUUCGCUCCCAGCCCCGGGCCGCCGUUCGCGCGCCCAGGAUAGCUAUCAUUUUAGGGCACACAACGAUAGAUCCCCAGUCAUUGAUGUUGGUUACUGUGAUUCGAAAUCUACAGAAGUUGGGUUAUGCUUUUAAGAUAUUUGCAGUAGGGCAUGGGAAGGCCCACUCAAUAUGGGAAAACAUUGGUGGUGGAAUCUCUCCUUUGAGUACAAAGCAGCAAGGCCUGAUUGAUUGGUCGAUUUUUGAAGGUAUCAUUGUUGAUUCCUUAGAAGCAAAAGAAGCCGUUUCAAGCCUUAUGCAGGAGCCUUUUUGUUCAGUUCCAUUGAUAUGGAUUAUUCAAGAAUAUAGCCUUUCAAGUCGCCUUCCAGUUUAUGAGCAAAUGGGUUGGCAUCAUAUUAUUUCUCAUUGGAGAAGAUCUUUCAGCAGAGCCAGUGUUGUUGUCUUUCCAGAUUUUACUUCUCCGAUGUUAUAUAGUGAGCUUGACACUGGAAACUUCUUUGUGAUUCCUGGUUCACCAGUAGAUGUGUGGGCUGCAGAAAGAUAUAGUAAGACCCAUGCAAAGGAUCAGCUAAGAGAACUUAGUGGAUUUGGUAAAAAUGAUAUGGUGGUUCUAGUUGUUGGGAGCUCAGUCUUCUAUGAUGACCUAUCGUGGGACUAUGCUGUUGCAAUGCAUUCCAUAGGACCUCUGCUGACAAAAUAUGCUAGGAGGAAUGAUGCAACUGAAGCAUUUAAAUUUGUUUUCUUAUGUGGCAAUUCUACUGAUGGUUAUGAUGAAGCUUUACAGGAAGUUGCUUCACGUUUGGGACUUCCAUAUGGUUCCAUAAGGCAUUAUGGAUUGAAUGGUGAUGUGAAUAGUGUUUUACUAAUGGCUGAUAUCAUCCUAUACGGUUCUGCGCAAGAGGUGCAGGGUUUUCCUCCAUUAUUAAUCAGAGCAAUGACUUUUGAAAUUCCAGUCAUUGUACCUGAUUUUCCUGUGUUAAAAAAAUAUAUUGUGGAUGGAGUUCAUGGGAUAUUUUUUUCUAAACACAAUCCUGAAGCUUUGAUGAAUGCUUUUUCACUUUUGCUUUCAAAUGGUAGACUUUCUAAAUUUGCUCAAGCAAUUGCAUCAUCUGGAAGACAACUUGCUAAAAAUUUACUAGCUUUGGAUUGCAUAACUGGCUAUGCAAGGCUUCUGGAGAAUGUACUCAGUUUUCCCUCAGAUGCUGUACUCCCUGGUCCUGUUUCUCAGAUUCAACAGGGUUCAUGGGAAUGGAAUUUAUUUCAGAAGGAAAUAGACCUAGAGAUUCACAUGUCAAAGACAGAUAGUGAUUUUUUCAAUGGAAAAGUUUCUGUUGUUCAUGCUGUCGAGCAUGAAUUGGCAAGUCUUAAUUAUUCAACAAGCAUCUUUGAGAAUGGAACAGAGGUUCCAUUGCAAGAUGGACUAACCCAAUUGGAUUGGGAUGUUCUGAGAGAAAUUGAAAUAUCUGAAGAGAAUGAAAUGUUUGAAAUGGAAGAGGUUGAAGAGAGAAUGGAGAAAAAUGUUGGUGUAUGGGAUGAUAUAUAUCGUAAUGCUAGAAAAUCUGAGAAACUGAAGUUUGAAGUGAAUGAAAGGGAUGAGGGGGAGCUUGAAAGAACAGGACAACCUGUGUGCAUUUAUGAGAUAUACAAUGGUGCAGGGGUGUGGUCAUUUUUGCACCAUGGUUCGCUCUAUCGUGGGUUAAGCCUUUCUAGAAGAGCACAGAGACAAAGUUCUGAUGAUGUGGAUGCAGUUGGCCGUUUGCCUAUUUUGAAUGACACAUAUUAUCGGGACAUUCUCUGUGAAAUGGGAGGAAUGUUUGCAAUUGCAAAUAGGGUGGAUAGCAUUCACAGGAGACCUUGGAUUGGGUUUCAAUCAUGGCGUGCUGCUGGUAGGAAGGUAGCAUUGUCAGUGGAAGCUGAAAAGUUCCUGGAAGAGACGAUGCAAGAGAAUUUAAGAGGGGAUGUAAUAUAUUUUUGGGGACGCUUGGACUUGGAUCAAAGUGUCAUAUUAAACAACAAUGCAAUUUCUUUUUGGUACAUGUGUGACAUCUUAAAUGGAGGCAACUGCAGAACUGUUUUUCAAGAUGGCUUUCGCCAGAUGUAUGCAUUGCCCCCCCAUGCAGAAGCACUUCCCCCCAUGCCUGAAGAUGGUGGUUAUUGGUCAGCACUGCACAGCUGGGUGAUGCCAACCCCUUCUUUCUUGGAGUUCAUAAUGUUCUCUCGGAUGUUUGUUGAUUCCGUUGAUGCUCUGCAUAGAGACUCCAGUAAAUAUAACUUGUGCUUGUUAGGCUCUUCAGAGAUUGAGAAGAAGCACUGCUACUGUCGAGUGUUGGAAAUUCUCAUCAAUGUAUGGGCUUAUCAUAGUGCACGAAAGAUGGUGUAUAUAAAUCCCAACACCGGUUCGAUGAAAGAGCAGCACCCAGUUGAACAACGGAAGGGUUUUAUGUGGGCAAAAUACUUCAAUUUUUCAUUGUUGAAAAGUAUGGAUGAAGAUCUAGCUGAGGCUGCAGAUGAUGGUGACCAUCCAAGGGAAAUGUGGUUGUGGCCAAUGACAGGGGAGGUACACUGGCAAGGGAUUUAUGAAAGGGAGAGGGAAGAAAGGUACAGGCUAAAAAUGGAUAAAAAAAGAAAAACAAAAGAAAAAUUAUUUGAAAGAAUGAAGUAUGGUUACAAGCAGAAAUCACUUGGACGAUAAGAAAUGUUGAGACUUGAAAAUUACACUACAUAGCCAAACUGUUUGUCAACCCAUUUUUUGCUUAAAUCGGGAAAAUUGUCUCACAAAUUGGAGAGACUUCGAUUCUAACUUUGGCACAGAUCAUAGAGACACUAUUGUUUCUUUCUUCGUUAACUGAAUACGUAUACUCAACCCUCAGUCUCAGAAAAGAGCGAGACAGAGAGCAAAGGAGUUUCCCAUCUUCUGCUGUUCAUUAGUUUCACGGCCUUUUUUCACGGUCAAGUAUAGCAGCACAGAAGAUGCAGGUAGUUCCAGUUCGAGGUGUACUCAUAGUCUAUAGAAAUGCAUUCACCAAUUACAUUUGAUUUUAGCUUAACUUUGUAUUCUUUCAUUAUUGUAUAUUUGGUAAAACAUUAGUGGCAAUUUUGAGUAGAAUAAUGCUGGUUUUCACUUGAAUAGUUUCUUUA